AUGUGAAGUGAACCCCCAUUCCCCAAAGCAAUUAAACCGUCAUGACUUUGCAAUUUGGCACAUCCUAGCUUGUUAGAGAGCACUUUCGAAAAACACAGCCCCGACAGCAAAAUAAAUACCUGAUAUCUUGGCCCCUUCUGUGAAAACAACACUCCCAAAUCCUGAAACAAAACCUGAAGUGUCUUCAUGUGCAUUCUCUGGCAGGCCACAGUCCUUCUGACCUUGUAAGAUGGUGCAGCAUGCAGACCAGCCUUGUCCCCAAGGUCUCAGUGCUGCAGUCUCGCUCCUCCCCUCAUUUAAGAAGACCACCCUUUUCAUUUCAGCAGUCCUCACCACCACCAUAUCCUUUGUGCUGGGAUGGCACACAGGUGUCCAUUCAGAUGAGAGUCGGGUUACUCCUACAGAGUGUAAUCAGCACCCCAUCCAACUGGCCCGAAAGCCCAGACCUGCAGCAGAACUCUCCAACUCUAUCGGCUUUCAGGGUGUUCUCUCCUGGGAAGGGUGUAAAAUCAGCUUGUCAGCAUCUUCUUACAGAGAGUACCCCAUCUGUAUUGGUGGGGCGGCUCCCUCUUUAUACAUUAGGAAGCAUGGGUGCUUAGAAAGUUUAUUUCAGGAAGAAAAUGGGUUCACACAAAAAGCAAACUACGAUCUGCUCAGGGAGAAGCUUGCCUUUGAACUGGAAGAUGUUGGGAUAAGCAGGGAAAGCUUCGACUUUGGAGUCAGGUUUGUGUUCAGAAUCCAGCCCUGCUGGCUAGUAAGUGGGAGACCUUAGGCAAAGCAUGCAAUCGCUCUGAAUGGCAGUUUCCUCAUUUUUAAAUGAGGAUGGUAAAACUAACGUUGCAGGGGAGUUACAGGGUUAAAGAAGAUCCUGUGUGUAACCCCAAGCAUUGGAUGACUCAUUGAAUGGCCUUUCUUGUCAGCAUAAUUAUCAUCAUUAUUUAGAUACUUUCUUCCUUCACUCACCUGGCAGGUCAGUUUUCUGUGCAAACAAGCCUCCUGUGUAGGAUUCUUCCAAAUGGUCUUCCUGGAGUCUUUGAUAUUUGUUACAUCCUGCUGAAGUUCGAUUGUGUUUUUAUUUUUUCAUCCACCUUCCAUUGUUCACUUUUUACAUGAUUAUUCAAUCCUUGGGGCUGUCCAUGUCAUCUCUUAGAUUUAUUAAAAGACAUUUUAAUGUAUGAUGAGGUUUUAUAUUUUUGUUUUAAAAAAAAGAAAUAGUCAUUGUUUUCCUCCUUUGAACUGAGGGUAUUUCUGGAUUGUGUGGUCCUCGUCAGUCGACUUGUUUUGCACACUUUUCUUUACUUCACGUCUCCAUCAACAACCAACCUACUCCCCACCUCCCCCAGGAAAUAAUGGGCCUGCUCCUCUCCUCACUGUGACCCUGGAGGCUCUUAAGAUUUUUUUUUUUUUUUUACUGGGCUGAGUUCACAAAUUAGGGGCAGGAGCUGGAAGUUGCUCUAGGAACACCAGAUUUUCUGGUUCUGUUCAAAUUGGCAUUUCUUGUUUGGAAUAAACUUAUUUCUUGGACAUUCCUUCUCA